CCGCCCAAGCCCAUCGGCGCCGCCGCCCGCCGCCGCAGAAACCCUACAAAUGGAGUCGUCGUCGCCGCCGCCGCCGCCGCGCCCCGUGGACAAGUCCUACUUCUACAACUGGCUGGAGCACCGCACCAACGCCGACCCCGGCUCGCUGGAGAGCGAGCUGCUCGAGGCGAUCCAGCACGGAGAUGUGGACGGCCUCAAGGAUAUGGUGAGUAGCAUGGACAAACAGGACAGGGCAAAGCUUGCUGAUAUGCAUAUAGAUGGCACGGGGUUACUACAAUUGGCAUCAUUCCUUGCUGAAUUGGAAGUGUGCAAGUACUUCGUGGAGGAGCUCGGGUUCGACGUCAAUGCCGGUGACCUCACUGGUGGUGUAACACCUCUGAGUUCUGCAGCAUUGUUUGGAGAAGUUGCCGUUGCAAGAUAUCUUCUAGACAAUGGAGCUGACCCAAAUAAGCUGGAUGAGAGAGGCUCUGUUGCUCUUCAUAAUGCUGCAAAAAGUGGGAACGGGGAAGUCGUGGAUCUGUUGUUAUCUAGAGGGGCCAGAGUUGAUAUAGCUGUUACUCAUGGAACACCACUACAUAUUGCUGCUUCCUAUGGGAACACCGGUGCUGUGAAGAUUUUAUUGGAUCACCAUGCAGAUGCUGGCGCUGAUAUGAAUUCUGCUCAUCCAAGUACUCCCUUGGUGGUGGCAACUACGGUUGGUUUGGCUGACUGUAUUAAGUACUUGCUGGAGGCUGGCGCGGAUCCUAACAUUCCGGAUGAACAGCAGGGCCGUAUGCCAAUACAAAUUGCUGCAAGUUCUGGAAGAAGAAGCCAUGUGGAGAUUCUAUUUCCUUUCACUUCUCCCAUCAGAGCAGUGGCAAACUGGUCUGUUGAAGGAAUUAUUGCUCACGAGAAGUCAAGAUGCUCAAUUUCUAAGGAAGAGUCUUGUAACAAGAUCGACGAUAAAGUAGCCAUGCUGAAAUCUCAAGGAAAAGAGGCAGUUAAGAGAAAGGACUACCUUGGCGCUUCAAAGCUCUACACUAAGGCACUUGAACUAAGGUAUUUAGAUGAAACAUUGUAUUCAAAUAGGAGCCUUUGCUACCUGAAAAUAGGCAAGCCACAGAAGGCUUUGCUGGAUGCUGAUCUUUGCAUUGCAAGAAAACCCGAGUGGGUGAAAGGUUACUACCGGAAAGGAGCUGCUCAUAUGUCGCUCAAGGAGUACGAGGAAGCAUCCGAAGCUUUCCAAGAUGGACUGGAACUGGAUCCUGGGAACGAUGACAUAAAGAAAGCAUUGCUGUAAUGUGUCUAUCUUUUAUUCAUCUAACACAAGGGAGGCUUGGGAGGCGAUGUCAAAGGAUCAAGCCGCUGGAGGAAGCAUCGAGUCCACAGAUUAGGCCGGCAUUGCUCUGCCUGCACAUGCCUCGUUGCGUUCCUUCUGAUUCCGUAUUGGCGGUUUGAUCGUAGUUUUCUAGUGGAACCUGUGUAGAGUUUUUUUUUGAACACAGAAUAGACGUAGAUGCUCAUACAUACAUAUGGAACAUGUGUAGAGUUAUUUUGUGCAGAACCACGACCCUGCGGUUGCAUGUCUAGUGUAUGGCGAGUCGAAGGGUCAAAUGCAACUAGAGUUAAUCUCA